GGCCUUUUGACAGCCGUCUGCAAAAAUGACCAGGAAGCAGGCAAGCCACCAGAGCCUUGCCUUUCCCGCAACAGAUUGCUAAUUGGGUAGCUUUGACGCGGGGCUUUGCGGAGAAGUCACUCGAGAGUUUAAAUGGCUGCCAGCCAGCCCGCCCGUCUGCAAACCGAGCGGUUGGCAGAAAGGAGAAGGAAGCGAUCCGCUUGGGGAAUUUGCACACUAGGAUCUGCUUCGGGCUGCCGCGCAGGCUGUGGAAAAUGUUGCGGGCAAAGGCUUGGAUCCUGAAGAAGCAUUUUGAAGGGCCUCCUAAGCCGAGCAACUUUGAAUUAAUAGAGAUAAACCUACCAAAUCUAAAAGAUGGAGAGAUGCUGCUUGAAAGUGUGUUUCUCAGUGUUGACCCCUAUAUGAGACCAUACAGCAAGAGUCUCAUGAAAGAAGGGGACAUUAUGAUAGGGUCUCAAGUUGCAAAGGUUUUGGAAAGCAGAAAUCCUUCAUUUCCUGUAGGAACUUUUGUGGUGGCAUCUGCGGGCUGGACAACAUGUUUUAUUUCCAAUGGCAAAGAUCUAUCACCACUGCCUCCAAACUGGCCAGAAAAUCUUCCAAAGUCAUUGGCUCUUGGAACAAUUGGCAUGCCAGGUCUUACUGCCUAUUUUGGCCUACUUGAGAUCUGCAGGCCCAAACCAGGAGAUACUGUCCUAGUUAAUUCAGCAGCUGGUGCUGUGGGCAGCGUGGUUGGGCAGAUUGCUAAAAUUAUGGGUUGUAAAGUGGUCGGCACUGCAGGUUCUGAUAAGAAGUUGGAUUACCUUAAGGAACUUGGCUUUGACAAAGUCUUUAACUAUAAGACAGUGAAAUCUCUGGAGCAGGCCCUGAGAGAUGCUUCCCCCGAUGGCUACAACUGCUACUUUGAUAACGUGGGAGGAGAAUUUUCCAGCAUUGUUUUGGAGCAAAUGAAGACAUAUGGGAGAAUUGCGGUGUGUGGUGCUGUGUCCUUAUAUAAUGAUACCCAGCUCAGGAAAGGCCCAUUUGUGCAGAUCCCCAUGGUCAUGAAACAGCUGUACAUGGAAGGUUUUUUAGUCAAACGUUGGAAUGAUAGGAAAAAUGAAGGACUGAAAGCAAUACUGAAAUGGGUUCAAGAGGGAAAAAUUAAAUCGCGUGAGGAUAUCACCAAGGGUUUCCAAAACAUGCCAGCUGCGUUUAUGGGACUGCUCCAAGGAGACAACUUUGGAAAAGCAAUAGUCGAGGUAUAAAAGGCACUAGGUUUUUGCCUGUGAAAACUCCAUAAAUCUCCAUAUCUCCACUUCCUUAUGGACUUUGUCUUCUAACCAAGAAUGAUCCAAGAUUUGGCUAAUCCACUAUGCCACUCUAGCCUGCUUCAAGUGUGCCCGAAACCACAGGAAAUCAGGAUUAUCAUGUGAACUCCAAGGACAAAAGAAACAACUGCCUCUUAGAAGAUUUAUUAUAUCCUGCUUUCAAUAGGUUACCCAAUUUGAAUAAAAGAAGCAGUCUGAAAAGACAAAGCAUACAGAAUCCUUUCUUAUCCAUCUAUAGUUUUUACAUCCAGAUUAUGAUAAUCAUACACAUUAUGGAUGGUUGGGUGAACUUGUGUUGAUUGACAAAUAACAUGAUAUGCCAUAAACAAUCAGUUUUAUUUGUCACCGUAUAGCUUUAAUGAGCAAACAAUAGAAACAAGAAUAAAAAUAGAUAAAACACAAAUGCACACUUACAGUGAUCCAUUCUCAAACUUACUAUGGCUGCCCAGCUGAAGCCCCACAGCUCGACAACAAAAUUUUGUGGGUUGCAGAAAAAGCCUUUUGGGCAAGCAGAAAACCAACAAACGAACUGGGAAUUUCUGCUAGAACUGGAAGCAUAAGAUUUUGGCACAGGGUUAUAUAAAAUGUGCAGUACAGGUAGUCCUCAGGUUAUGAACCUAAUUGGGACUGGAAUUUCUCACUAAGCAAAGUAUUAAGUGGCAGGGGAAUAUAGCAGCCGCUUCAUCUCCACCAUGCUGUGAAAGGCACCAAAAGGGCAGAGAUGAACUAGAGGCAGUUCACGUAGGGCAGAAUGUGACCAUAAUCAUGAGGCUACUGCAAUGGUCAUAAGUGCGAGGACUGUCCGAGCGUCCCCUUCUUCAGUGCCAUCGUAUCAUUGGAUGGUUGCUGAACGAAUGGAUGUUAACACAAGGGUUACCAGUUAUGUGUUAACAGUUCCAACUCUUGAGUGCCACAAGGACAAAGAGAAUGAACUAUGGGGAGAUUGCUGUGCCUCCUCUGGAAUAACGGAGAAGCAAGAGGGUUACAAUGAGUAAAUCCCCAACAAAGUUGGUCAGGGAGUAAACAUAGGCAGGCAGGCUUCUUCCAAUUGCUUUUGAUAACUACAAAAGCUGAGCAGUCAUUUCAAAUCAUACUAUCACUCAAUUUCAAGUGACCAGGCAGUCAGAUUUUUUUUAACUGGAAACCAAACAAGGUUGUAUGAAGUGUUUGAGAAAUGCCACGAGGAGCUUUUGCUUAAAUGGUUUCUUCCAAGGGGGUGGGUAAGUACCACUGAACAGAACAGCCCGGUGGCUGACAGAUAAGCCAAUCAUGAAAGAUUAAAAGUUCAACUCUUCUUUCCACUCUGGUUCUAGCCUAGAAGUUGCAUUUGAGAGGCAUUUGGAAAUAGCGAAUCUAGAGCUAAGGAAUUUAGAUUGAAUAGAAUCCAGCAGGGUAAAGUCAGAACAUGGAUCAAGAGCAGCGUAAAAAAUUAGUUGUAAUCAAACUUUUGUCUGGUGGAACCUUUUACCUUGUGUGGAAUGAUAUGAUGCAAUAGUUCUUUGGGCCACACUGGCAACAUAACUAGCAUCUUUUGCCAUUGUGUUUCCCCUCCAAUGUUUUUUUAAAAAAAAUUAAACUUGUUCUGUCAUUGACUAAUGUUUUUAGGCUUUCUUGAUAACCUUUACCUUAGUUUUUGGACAGUUAGCCCUCAGAUCUCCCUAAGGACUGUAUUGGACCAGGGUAGUAAGACCAACACUCAAUAGAAUAACAGCAUCAUCCACAUAGGGCAGAGGUGUCAAAUUCAAGGCCUGCGGGGUACUUAAAUUCAGCCUGUGGGGCCAGCCUAGAAAUAUCAAGGGACCGGUGUGCGGUGCCUCAGUGCUAAAAAGGGCCACGUGUACCCCCCCACCCGGUGCCUCGUUUUCACCCUCCAAGGUUUCCUGCAGCACUCUGCCAGCCAAAACCAUGCUGAAAAGGGUCCAAAAUGGGCAGAAAACAGGCUGAAAAACGCCCCUAAAACGAGCUGAAAAACGGCCUGAAAAAUGGGCCACACAACCUGUUUUCAGCCAGCAGGAGUGCUGCAGGAGGCCACGGAGGCAGAGGUGGUAUUCAGCAGGUUCUGACCUGUUCUGGAGAACC